UGUUUUCUGUGUGAAUAAUUCUACUGCAUAAUAUUUCAAGGAAAUUAUGCCAACAGGAUAGGAAAAAAGAGAGGAUCAAGCUGAGAGUUACUGUUUCCUCUCAUCGUGCCUGUUGUGAUUUGUGAUCAUAUGAUGGCAAUGAUGCAGUCAUUCAACCAUCUACUUUUACAAGGAGCUUUGGAGCCUUCUAAACAUCAUCAACAUAUUUUCCAUUAAUAAUUACUGAAACAGAUGCUUAUUUCAUAUUAUAUAUUGGUAUUUUACCCUUUGGCAUGGACUCCAAGUCAAAUCCUCUGAUCCCAGAACUGACUGGUGGUGUGAGUCCUGGUUGUACCUUCAGUGUUCCUGGCUUUACUAACUUGUUGAAAAAGAUGUGCAUUUGGUGGACAAGGAGCUUUAGGUCUAACAUCUUGUCGGUGUGGUGAAUGGAUUGGCUACAUCCAAAGCGAUAUAAACGAGAUGAAUGAAAGAAUUAUUUUAUCUGAUUCGAAUAUUUCUUUCGACAAAAUCUCAAAUUCGAUUCCAUGAGGUGGAAGCGCGGAAUCGAAGGUUUCGAAUAUUUAAUUGCAAAUAUGCAAAGCACUUCCGGUUCUUGUUGUUAUUGUCGUUUCCCACACAGUAGAGAUGGUUAAAAAAAGUGACUAUUGCUCACAAAUUAUGAGAUAAGUUCCCUGUGAAAUGGCAACUAGGAGCGAUCGUGGUAGAAUGGAGGUGCAGGCUCUCUCGCAAACUCGAGGACAAGAUGAGAUUGAAAAAGGCAAAGUGGGGGAAGUCCUACAACAAUUUCAAGUUCACGAAGAUACAGCCUAUGCCCAAAAGUUGCAGUCAAGUGAAUAUAAGAAUCAUGUCUCGCGCAAUAAGGAGCAAAGGAAAUCAGUGCGUGCUGGUGUCAGGACCGCUAAGGAAACAUAUCUUGAGGAAGUGAGGAGUGCGGGAAUACUUUCUGACAACAGUGUUACUGAAAUGGAACAGAAGGAAUGGCUCGCAGAAGAAUUGGAAAAAAGAAUUGAAGAACAGGAGAAUUUAUUGAGGACACGACAGGAGAUACAAAAAAUACAAGAUGAGGAAAUGGCCUUACAAAUACAACGUGACGAGGAAAAGAAAAUGAGAUACCUGGAACACAAGAGACAGCAAAGGAUAGCAAGAGAUGAAGAGGAACACCGGAGACUGCAGAGGAUCAUGAAAGAGUUGGAAGAAGCUGAACUAGAUGACCCGGGAGAUGACGUCGGAUCUGGCGAUGAAGUCAUCGCAUUACCUGAAAAUAAUGACAUCAUUGUUUUGGCGGAUGGCACGGCGAUUGACGCCAGACACAAUGAGAUACAGACUGAGGAACAGAAACGACAAAAUAUGGAGAAACGGGAUCAGGAAUUAGCUAAACUUCUUCAGCAGCAAGAAGAUGAUCAAAUUCAGAAAAAGCGAAGCAUGCAUGAAGAUUAUCGUAAAGCUAUCGAGAUGCAAGAUAGGGAGAUCGCAAAACAUCUUCAACGUAAAGAAAAGGCCAGAGCGGAGAGACGACGAGAAAAACAAAUGAGAAGGGAACAGAGUUUUCCUGAGAGAGACGAGGGUACAUCAGGUCAGCGAAGCAAUCUUCCAACGUACCAUGAAGCCGUCGAUGAUUACAGACGUGAAGAUGUCCCCCCGGUAAGCGGUGGCGAAAGAGUUGAUACGAGGCGACAGCGUGAACUUGAACGGGGGGAACAACCGAGACGGGCUCGAAGGAGCCCUGAGCAGGCGACCUACGAGGAGGUUUGGCGAGCGAAAAGUGGUGCAAAGACUCGCGCUCUGUCGCCGCAAAUGUUGGACUCGAAUGACGCAAAGCAGGAGCCUGGUGGUCACUUUAGCAACAUUGCCGAGGCCUUGGACCCAACCUUCCAGAGUUUGCCUCGUCACGUGGCCGAGGAGGUGGUCAGUGAUGACAGUGAUAAGGCCGGUGGGGGGAAGAGUGCCCCGAUUGUACCACCGUUGAAACGAAAAACUUCAAAAGAUGCGAAAAACAAAAAGUUUUGGGGGAAAUGAAUGUAGCAAGUAUCUUAUAUGCUAGACUGCAACUUCCUUACGGAAAUAUUUUUAUGCAUAACAACUGCUUGAUCUUAUAGUAGGCUUAAUAGCUUUUAUAUGACAUAUAAUAUUGUAUAUAUUGCAUUGUGCUUUUAAAAAUAAUCCCCGCACCGGGCAAAGAAGAAUUGCUUGAU